AUGGCGUGUGUGGCAGUGGUUGGCACCGUGACGCCAGGUGACUUUACCGGCGCUCCAGAGCUCGUACUCGUGAGUAAGACUGCUGGCAAGCAUCGAUCACCGGUGGUGGCUGACUUUGAUGGAGAGGGCUUGGCCAACGAUCUUGCUAUCUUUCACAUUACGGAGGCCACCGCAGUGUUCAACAACGGCUCGGGAUUGUUUGCCCCCGGCGUGGAAAUCUCUACCGCGUUGGUUAUGGAGGACCUCGGCGCGGGCAAGAUCAACGCCGAUGCGUACGACGACAUUGUUGUCGUUUUCAGCAGUGGAGAAGUCCGCAUCUACACCAACACCGGCAGUGGUGGCUUUUCUCUCGGCUUGAGCCUGGCCUGCAGUGGCAAGUUUGUGGCCGUGGCCGACGUGGACGGGAGCGGUCUCGACGACCUGGUGUUGACUGGGUUGGGCCUGGACACGCUGCUGUGGCGCAACGACGGGACAGGAGGCUUUCCUGCCAACUUGAAGUCUGUUGUGGCACCGCCAGCCGAUGUCGAAGGCCUGGUUGUGGCAGACCUCACCAAUGACGGUGUCGUAGACAUUAUCACGACGCGUCUGUCCGGUGGAGCGUGGCUCAUUGAGGGUCUUGGCGGCGGCGCCAUGUCGACGGUCAACCGGAAAGUGCUUGACAUCAGCAUCGACACGGCGUCUCUCGUGGUCGGCGAUGCCAACGGCGACGGCGCUCUGGACCUGGUCACAUCGCGCGCGGAUACUGCUACUGUUUCUCUCAAUUCGGGCGCCACUACUUUUGGCGCUCAGCUGGAGAUUCCCGUCACCAGCGCCACCAUUCCGGGCGUCGUGCUGGGUGAGAUCAACGGCGAUGGCCUCGUCGAUGUUGUCAUCGGCUACGGCGACGGCGUGAUUUGGUACUCCAACAAUGUGACGGAGGCCGACGACAUGCAGUUUGCAGCCAGUCCGACCAUUUACGACAACCUUAAGACCUACAUCGUCCUUGCUGCCGACCUCAACGGCGACGCCGCGCCUGACAUUAUUUUUGCCGACAAUGACGAGGCCGAGGUUGUGUGGAUUGCCAACGACGGGUCGGGCACAUUUUCCUCGGUGCCGCAGGUUGUGGCGUCGGGUGCCUCGGCAACGACCAUCUACAGCAUUGCGCCUGGCGACAUCGACAACAACGGCGACGUUGACCUGGUAUGGACCGGCGCAACCUCUGGCCUGUACUGGGCCCGUAACCUCGGCCGCGGCCAGUUUGACGAACCGGUGGCCAUUGCCAGCAACGUCUUUGGCCCGAUCGUAGUGGCCGACAUCAACCAUGAUGGUCUUGUCGACAUUGUUCACGGCCGUCUGAUCAACAACUCGCCGAGCUUUUACCUCAACCUGGGCGGAACGUUUGCUCCACCGGUCGAUCUUGGCCUCUCGUCUGCCUUUACGCGCCAUGCGCGAAUGGGUGACGUGACUGGCGACGGGCUGGACGAUCUUGUCGUCGCCGGCAACAGCCCGCUUUUUGUUGCCAUUGUGCCCGGAGCUCCCGGCGGGCUCACCACAUCCGGCGCAGUCUCGGUGACGGCUACGGCACCGACCGGCCUCGCGCUCGCCGACUUUAACUUGGACGGCCGGCUGGACAUUGCGGUUGGUAGCAGCGGGCCAAACGUAGUGACCGCGCUGUUUGCACAGGGUGGAACGACGUUUUCUCCGGCCCCUUCGGCUCCUGUGGCCUUUGCACCGUUUGCGCUGGCCGCCGGCCGGAUCGACGACGACCUCGCGCCUGAUUUGGUUCUUGCCGGCGGCACGAGCGUCGCUAUCGUGUUCAACGACGGCACUGGCGGCUUCUUGGCCAACGCGCUCACGGUGGCGUCGCUGCCGUCGGCUGGCUUUUACUCGGUGGCACUUGCCGACCUCAACGGCGAUUUGUUCAUGGAUGUCAUGUUCAGCUCGUUUGCAAACGCACCGUUCAGGGUUUGGACCCGCAAUGCGAUGCUCUCGGAUGUGGGCCAGCGAGUGACCCAAGUCUCGGGCAACUUUUCCACCCAUGAGCUCUCGAGCGCCAUGUUUUCGCUCUGCUUCUCGCGCCGAGUUGAGUUUGCACCGGGAGCGCAACUUCGGUCGUGCUCCAAGCGAUUUGGCAUCAGCCUGCCUGCGUCGUCGGUGGUGAUGCUUGCCGGCGACGCAGGUCAGCCUGCGCAGUUUGACUGUGGCCCCACAGGCGGCUCGUUGCUCUCGACCCAGGGUGUGCUCGCUGCGAAUAACGUAGUCUUCUCGCGUGGUACCUUUGGCGCCGGAGUGACCGACGGCUCGUUUCUGCAGGUGAGCGGGAGCUCGGGCGUGUUGCGGCUGACCAAUGUGACGGUGCAAGGUGCGUCGAAUGCCAACUCGGGCCCUUCACAGGCAUUCAGCGGCAUCGGCGCUGGCGUGAUUGUGGCCGAGGGCGCGUACCUCCUCGCGCGCAGCUGCGUCUUUGCCGACAACACGGCGCGGCUAGCCGGGGGCGCAGUCGGCCUCGUUGGCCUCGGUCCACGGUUUGAGGCACGCGAUACUGUGUUUCUGCGCAACACAGCACACGGGCUCGGCGCGGUCGGCGGUGGUGGCGGCGCGGUGGCUGUCAUGGGGCCCAACAGUCAGCUUGCGGUGACCGGGAGCUCGCGGCUGGAGCAAAACGUGGCACCGAGCGGUGUCGGCGGUGCACUUCUUGUGACGUCGGCAGCCGAGAGCGCCGACAUCUCGCUUGUCGACGCGACGAUUGUCGGCAACUCGGCCGGCGUGGCCGGCGGUGGGCUGGCGGUGCGUGGGGCCGAGGGCAGCACAUCGAUUGUGCUCUCUGGGAGCACAGCGAUCACGAGUUGCACUGCUGGGUUUGGCGGCGGACUGGCAAGCGUGGCCAAGGGCUACAGCUGGCCAUCUACGGUCGAGUCGACAGCUGUGAUCCGCGGACAGAGCGUACCGCUGGUACCGAGCGCGGGCGCGUUUGUGCUCAAUGAUUCGGCUUCAGUGACCGAUUGUGUUGCUCCGUUUGGCAGUCUUGGCUUUGUGUGCGACGCUGUGGUAUCCGCGGCAGACACGAGCGGGCUUGUGACCGGCAGCGUCAUGCACUGCGUGCCUUCGGGCGCAAGCGACGCGCCACCUGCCGCGUGGUUUGUGGACCGCACGGGUGCGAGCGGAGGUGAGGUUGUGCUUCGCACACCGCCUGUGACACUGGCGCCCGUGGACGGAACGUUGCCAGCAGCGGUCGUGUCUGGUGAAGCGCUCGGAAGCGGGCUGCUCGAAGUGCGCGAUGCGUACGGGGCGGUGGCGACCGAGGCUGGGAUGGUGGCGCUGGUGACGACGACCGAGCCCGAGAGCGUGCUGGAGAACCUCCAGACCGGAGCGGCGUUUGAUGCUGCGACCGGGCAGGCAUCGCUUAGCCCGCUGGUGAUUGCGGUGAGCGUGCCGAGCGUGCCGAGCGUGACCGGGCGGUUGUUCCGACUGGACGUCAGCGUCCGCGGGGUGAGCGGGGCCGAGCUCCCCGAAACAAGCGUGUAUGUCAAUGUCACGCUCUGCCCGCCGGGCAAGGGUCGGGUCUCGCCGUUUGGCGAUGAGCUCCGGUGUGCGUUCUGCUCGGCAGGCUCGUUCUCAGACGAUACGUCGGGCGGCACGUGCGAGGCGAUUCCGCUUUGCCCAGCGAACACGAUUCGGCUGGCUAGGACGAACACGACGACUGGGGUUGAUGGGGCGGUUGUGAUUGUCUCGACCACGCCGUGUGUUUGCAAGGAGAACUUCUACACGCUGACGGGGCGGACGGACGUGGCCUGCGUGGCGUGCCCCGAGGGCGGGCGAUGCCCGGGAGGAGUGGCGCUGCCGGAGGCGGCCAAGGGCUUCUAUCCCUCCAAGACCAACCCGAUCACCGAGUUUGUGCGGUGUCGGCGGUCGGGUGGAUGCGCGGGCGCAGGAGUGUGCAACGUCGGGUACGAGGACUACAUGUGCAACGAGUGCUCUUCGGGCUACUACACCGACCCGACGGACAACUGCGCCAAGUGCCCGCUGGUAGCGUCUGUUGGCGUCAUCGGGGUGUUUGUGGCGAUCAUGGUGAUUGCCAUCGGAGCAGCGUUGACGAUUGCGUAUCGGACGGCGCAGACAACCACGAUUUCCGGGACGGGUACCAUGGCAGCGAUUCGGCGGAUCAACGUGCCGGCGACGGUGUCGAUGGCGGUGGUGGCGUUCCAGGUCGUGGGCAUUGUGUCGGACUCUGACUUUGGGUGGGACUCGCGGGCCAAGUCUGCGCUCUCGCUGUUCAACGCGGCCAACGUGGAUCUCUCACUGACGGCGUCCGAGUGUUCUGUCGGAUUCUACGGGCUUUACGUGCUCUCGGUCACGAUCCCGUUCCUCCUUCUUGUUCUCAUUGUGGCCGGAGUCAUCAUGCUCAAGUACUUUGGCGGGCGCUGGACGGUCUUUGCGCCGCUCGAGUUUGUGCCUCUGGCCACCAUCAUGGACUCUGUCAUCUUCUCGGUAGCGCCUGUAACGUACAUUCCGAUGGCGCGGGCUGUGGUGGCGCUGUUUGACUGCACGAGGCUACCAGGCUCGGUCGACUUUGUGCUUGACGCCGACCCGGGCGUGGCGUGCUUUGACUCGCGGUGGUGGACAGCGUUCCCGCUGGGUCUGGCGGCGCUCAUCUCAUUUGUCGUCGGCGUGCCAGUGUACUCGAUUGCGUGCGUGAUCGGGCGGCGGCAUGAGCUCUUCACACCGCUGACGUACGCACGGUACGGUGCGCUCUACCGGCUCUUCCGCAUCCCGUACUACUGGGUCGGCGUGGCGGAUCUUGGCAAGCGACUGGCACUGGUCGUUGCUGCGGUCUUUUUCUCGGGUCGACAGCUCGUCCAGUCGGGCCUGAUGGUGGUGGUCCUUCUCUCGUAUGCGUUCUUUGUUCUCCGGUACAAGCCUUACUUUUACCCGCUUUACAACGAGGUCGACUUUCAGCUCACACUCAUGCUUGUCGUUUUUCUUCUUCUCGGCGUCGGCUCGUACGCCGAGCGCGAGGCACAGAGCGGUACCGGGGAUCUGUUCUUUGUCGGCGUCAUGCUCGCGCUCGCCGCUCUCUUUGGCAUUGUGGUCUACUCGAUCUACCGUGACGUGGUUCACAUCCGGCAGUCGCGAAGCCUCAAGUACUCGUCGACGUCAGACCGUGCAGCGCGUCUCGCGGCGCAUCUCGCCAAGGAGGUACCGGACAUUGAUCCCGAAGCUGCCGUGGCGCUGGAGGCGGCGCUGGAGGUGCUGUACAUGACACAGGCGCGGCACCGGCCGCCAGCUGCUGAAAACGCGACGACAUUCCGAUGA